AUGGCAUCAACCCCGGCCACGGGUGCAUGUGGCGACAGCCAGUUUGGUCCCAUCGUUUCCACAGCGGACUGUCGUGGGGGCUUCGACUUCACGGUGGCUUUCGAGUCCGCAAUUUUGAACGUCUUACCAGCGGCUUGCUUUCUCUUGCCCGCAUCUUUUCGUUUGUUCCAGUUGUCUAGGCAGUCACCCAAAGUGCUCUCUUCCGCAUUCCGCGUGGUAACACUCGUGAGUACUCCUCCUUCCCGCUGGCGUUCCUACGAGAAGCACAAACCUCUAAGCGUUACUAUCGUUCAGGCUAUAUCUGUAACUUUUGCAGCCAUUCAGGUUGGACUCUUGGCAGUUGUUGCGACCCAGCACCUGGCUGGAGGACCUAUAUUACUUGCGAGUGCCAUUUUCGAUCUUGUAUCGGCACUGGUUAUUAUAAUCCUUGUUGACCUGGAGCAUUUCCGGUCCAUCCGGCCCUCAUUUCUUGCCUCCGCCUACUUGUUUGUCACGCUGCUUUUAGAUCUUGCGCGCGUGCGCACGGCUUGGCUGCUACCUGACUACCAGGCAUACUCAGCUUGCCUCUCUGCAUCUCUAGCCACCAAACUACUUCUCUUGGUAGUGACCAAUACUGAAAAACGGAAAUGGUUUGUACACACUGAAAAGGACCACUCUAUUGAAAGUGUGAGUGGACCGUUCAGUCGAGGGUUAUUUACUUGGUUGAAUGGCCUGCUGUGGAAAGGGCACUCCGUGUUACUGACUGGAGACGCCCUGCCUACUGUUCACAGAAAGCUUUUAUCUUCAGAAUUGUCCAUUCGAUUCGCAGAUUCGUGGGCUCGCUGUAUACAGGAUGGACAGAAUGCGUUGCUCUUGGCGGUGAUCAAGUGUCUGCGAUGGGAAAUUGCGACGAUCGCCUUCCCACGGCUAUGCGUAGUGGGAUUUGGUAUUGCGCAGCCAUUUCUGAUUGGCAAAGUUGUCACUAUCUUGCAGCAGACCGGGCCGUUAUCGCAGGACAUAGGCUACGGCUUGAUUGCAGCAACUGCAAUUGUCUUUACCGGGAUUGCUGUCUCUAGAGCCUGUUAUGAGCAUCUGGGAUACCGGGCCACAACUAUGCUUCGUGGUGGUCUGAUGGCUCUUGUCUUCCAGCAUAUGAUGGAUCUACCACUGGGAAGCACCGACGAAUCUAGUGCUAUGGCCCUACUAGGCUCUGAUAUAGAGAUGCUUGCUGAAUAUUUCUAUUCAGUGGUUUGCGAAACUUGGGCUAACGUGCUACAAUUGGCACUAGCUACAUGGUUGCUACAAACCCAAGUCGGUGCUGUCUGUAUCGCUCCAAUUUUGGUGGUGAUCAUCUUCACAGCUUCUUCGUUUGCCAUGGGUAAUGCUGUUUCCGCUCGGCAAAAGAAUUGGCUUCGGGCUACGGAGAAGCGUAUCAACUUCACGACUGCCAUCCUGGGCUCUAUUCGUAACGUCAAAGUUCUCGGAUUGACCGAAGUAAUGAGCUCUAUGAUCGAAAAAUUACGCACGGAAGAGCUUGAGAUUUCUAAGAAAUUCCGCCAACUCCAGUCAAUCCGCGUAUGCAUGGUCAAUUCUCCUAUAAUUGUUGGACAACUCGUGACUCUCGCUGCCUAUGCGAUACUAGCAUUGCUACAGGGCUCGGGAGGUCUUGCUGUCAACAAAGCCGUCACAUCAUUGUCGCUCAUAAGCUUGAUGAUUAUGCCGCUAAGUUAUCUAUUGAUGGCGAUUCCCGACACGUAUGCAUCAUUAGGUUGCCUGAAUAGGAUACAAGAAUUUCUUAUGAAUCCGAGCCGUCUUGAUAAGAGACAGCUCCUUCAGCCGGUAUCGACUCACUCUCUUGCAACCGGUAACAUUUCCGGUAUCGAGCUAUGCCCGCUUCCACAAAGUCUACCCACGCAGAAAGAAGUCGUCCUUUCUCUACAAAAUGUACGAUUUGGCUGGAAAUCUCCCUCUCCGUCAGAGACACCCGGUAUCACACUUAAGCUUGAAUCCUCUCCCAUUGGUACUGUCAUUAUCCUUGUUGGCCCAGUAGGUUGCGGUAAAUCCACCUUCCUGAAGGGCCUCGCAGGUGAAACGCCCUUGUUGGAGGGUGAGCUUUUCAUCAAGUACCCGGAUGUGGGAUUCUGUGAUGAAACGCCGUGGCUAUCCAAUGCAUCGGUACGGAAUAAUAUUGUGGGUGAAGACCAAUCUACGUUUGAUUCGGACUGGUAUCGCACCGUUGUGAGCGCAUGUGCGCUCGAUCUGGAUCUCAAGAAGAUGGCGGCAGGUGACAAGACAUCCGUGGGUAGUAAAGGGUCUAAACUGAGCGGAGGCCAGAGACAAAGGAUUGCUAUCGCGCGAGCCGUUUAUGCUCGCAAACGCAUCGCUUGCUUCGACGAUGUUCUUAGUGGCCUUGACAAUUCAACCGCCCGACAUGUCUUCAACAAUGUCUUUGGUCCGGCCGGACUGUUACGUCGACUGGGAUGUACAGUGUUCUUAUCAACCCCCACCAUCCAUCAUUUGCCCCAAGCUGAUCUGAUCAUGGUUCUCGGGGCGAAUGGCCAAGUCGUCAAGCAGGGCAGCUAUGCCGAACUUCGAGAAAACGCGGACGACCUCACUGAUAUGCAUGGAAUCAAACACACGCAAACAGAUGAAGCAGAGAAAACUGAUGAGCUAGCGAAGCCUUCUAAUCACACUACAGACUCUAUUAGCCCUCCUUCCACAGAUGCCCAUCGGCAGACAGCCGACCUCGCCGUAUACAAGUAUUAUUUCUCUGCGCUGGGUUGGUCCCGAAUUGCUGCCUUGCUUCCCCUCAUGAUUACCGAAGCCAGUAUAAGCGCAUUCCGCUACGUAUGGGUCGACCUCUGGGCCUCCAGUAGCGACAACGCUACAGCUUCACGCCUAGGCUAUUGGCUUGGACUGUAUGGAGCAUUCUCUGUUAUUCAAGCGCUUUCCCUGGCACUUGCCGUAUUCUGGACCUGGGUGAUUAUCGUCCCCGCGGCGUCUAAAAAUCUUCAUUCCAUUGUGUUGCACGCUUGCAUGGGUGCCCCAUUGUCCUUCUUGUCGAAUGUCGAUACUGGAGUCCUAGUAACCCGCUUUAGCCAGGAUAUGAGGCUGGUUGACAUGAUUCUACCUCGGGGUUUUAUAUCCACGGGAUUCCUGUUUUUCGGAGCCAUUGCCCAAGGCGCCACUGCUAUUGCAUCGCUGCCCUACUUGGCAGCAGCUCUGCCGCUUCUCCUUGGAGUCCUAAUUUUGAUCCAGCGGUUUUACCUCAAAACAUCUCGUCAACUGCGGCUGUUGGAAAUCGAACUAAAGACUCCUCUUUACACCCACUUCAUCGAGUCACUAGCAGGAAUCGCCACUAUCCGUGCCUUUUCCUGGACCCGCGCCGCCACGUCUCGAAUGAUCUCCAUGCUGGACACCGCCCAAAGGCCCUACUACCUUCUCUUAUGCAUUCAACGCUGGCUGAGUCUCGUACUAAAUCUGAUUGUAGCCGCUAUAACAGUGCUUCUUGUUGGAAUCUCUUUCGCUCUCCGCACUCGUGUUGACUCGGGCCUUUUGGGUAUUGGCCUUGUCAUGAUGAUGGACCUGGGACUCGUUCUAUCGGAACUGAUUCAGAAUUGGACGUUGCUUGAAACGUCACUAGGGGCCAUUUCACGUAUCAAGGACUUUGCCGAAGAAACCCCCGACGAAGAGAGCAACACGGCCAUUCAGGCUCAGAACGAACUCCCUGAAUGGCCGACCAAAGGCGAGAUUGCAUUUGUGGAUGCGAGUAUUUCUUGGAAUUCCUCCGAGACGAAGCCUUUGCUCAACAGCAUUAAUCUGCGGAUCUCUGCCGGGAAGAUGUUUGGUCUUUGUGGCAGAACAGGAAGUGGCAAAAGUACACUGGCACUAUCACUCCUCCGUCUCAACGAGAUUAAUUCGGGCCAAAUCUUCAUCGAUGAACAAGAUAUUUCCCUUAUUUCCCGAUCAACAAUCCGACAGCGUAUAAGCUGUCUCAGCCAAGAGCCGUUCCUUUUCCCCGGCACCGUUCGACAGAAUGCCGAUCCACUGAACGUCGUUUCGAGCACGCAAAUAAUUGCCGCACUGCAAUCUGUUGGAGUUUGGGACUCUCUUGCGGCAAGCCCUGGUAUCAUGGAUGAAGAGAUUCUGGAUUCAAUUCUAGAUGACACCAUUUUAUCGCAGGGUCAGAAACAGCUAUUCUGUCUUGCCAGAGCACUGCUGAAAAAGAGCAGAAUCCUGAUUUUGGAUGAGCCAACAAGCAGUCUGGACCCGGAAACAGAUGCUAAAGUGCAAAGGGUCAUACGGGAGUCAUUCCAUGACUGCACCGUGAUCAUGGUGGCACAUAGAAUCCACAGUCUGCUUGACUUUGACCAAGUUGCUGUCUUGGCUAGUGGUCAACUGAUCGAAGUGGGACAUCCAAGGGAGUUACUGAAGAAGACGGAUGGGGAAUUUGCAAAGUUGCUGGAUCUGGAGUCAUAA